GUGCUGCCGCUGCUGCUGCAGAGCCCCGAGGAAUCCCCUGAACUCUUCCCCCUCCCACCAGAGCUGGUCCUCGAGGUGCCUCUCCAGCACCCCACUGAAUCCCUCUGGAAGGACAAGGCGGCGGUGGAGGUGAACAUCGCCGUGUUGCACAGCUACCAGGUGGCCAAGGUGACCAUCGUGGACCACCACGCAGCCACCGAGUCCUUCGUGAAGCACAUGGAGAAUGAGCUGCGGACGCGAGGGGGGUGCCCGGCUGACUGGGUCUGGAUUGUGCCCCCCAUCUCAGGCAGCCUCACCCCAGUCUUCCAUCAGGAGAUGGUCAACUACCAGCUCUGCCCAACCUUCCGCUAUCAGCCUGAUGCGUGGAAAGUCUAUGUGUCCAAAGGCACCACUGUCACCAGGAGAAAGACAUUCAAGGAGGUGGCCAAUGCAGUGAAGAUCUCGGCAAAGCUGAUGGGACACAUGAUGGCGCGACGCGUCAAGGCCACCAUCCUCUAUGCCACUGAGACUGGCAAAUCCCGGACUUAUGCCUGGAAUCUCACGACCCCAAGGUGGCCCCGUAUCCUGCUCCCCAUGCAGGUGCUGUGCAUGGAUGAGUACGACGUGGUGUCCCUGGAGCAUGAGACCCUGGUGCUUGUGGUGACCAGCACCUUUGGCAAUGGAGAUCCCCCUGAGUGUGCAGAGAGCUUCUCCAAGGCGCUGAUGGAGAUGACUUCACCGUACACCAGCACCUCCCAGGCUGAGCCACCCAU